UGUGAUUGGUGCUUGGCUAGCCCCAAGUAUCGCAUGCUCCCUUACGUCUCUAGUUUUAAAUCACUUGGCGCACUAAUAGUGCCGAUUCGAAAGUGUAGGGUCGGCUAACGGAAAAUCCAGUCUUGUUAGUUAUCUUCCGAUUCUGUCCAGAGGUCGUCCUGAUAACCUGUUGUAUAGUUGAGUUUCCAAGAUUCCAAAGACAAUUUUCCACUAACGAUACUCUGCAAUUCCUACAAUUGACCUAUCCAGAUUCUAUCUCACUCACGAAAAACUACAAUAAAUCAUCAAAGUUAACUAACGUAGUUUCAAUAGACAGCUUUCCCACUUUAAACUACAGUUCUUAGCGAUAAACUUACGAUUUCUAAACUCCCAAAUUACGAUUUCAUUGAUCUGUUCGAUAGACUUAUAACUCAAAUUCAUCUUGAACUAUAAAGUCUAAAGCACUUAGUUGCCGUGUGAUAAAUACCCUGCUCUUGUCAGUAUAAACCCCCAAUUGUGCUACGGAAUGUAUCCCACCUUAAAUCAGUUGAAAAAACAGGAAAUUCUUAUUUGAUCAUUAAAAACUCUAAUUGAAAUAAUCUAUGUGAAUCAACGAGUUUAAAUACUUCAAACACCCCGAUACAACAAAGAAAAAGUACCUUCUAGAUUAAAAUAAGGUAGGAAAUUGAAGUAACGCAGCAAUAUUUUCGUGUCUAUGAAGUUUCUAAGGAGACCGGGAUUCUUUAGUGUGAAGUGGAACAAAAUCUUUUACUUUUUUUGUCAAUUUUUUGAACUCUCAACCCUUGCUAAUUGACUGAUCGUAUCCAAACAUAAGAUCGAGAUUUCUGAUUGUGUAUAAAUUCAGAACACCAGUCAUCUAUCCCGGUGUUGUAAUCACAUCAAUGUCUGAGAGACUUCUUAACUUUGAGGUUCACCUUAUUUAGAAACUUCAGUCAGUUUGGGUUGAUUUUUAAAGUUAUUAAAAAGUUCAAAUUAUUGGAUUCAAAGUUGGGUGAGCAGUCUACGUGAUAAAUAUUUGAAGUUCGGAUAUCAAGUUGACGUGAUAAUGCUACUCAUUGGUUGAAGUUCGAACAUCAAGAGUGCAGUCGCCACUAUGGAGAACAUCCUUGAGACGCAGAAGCAUUGUCUGCAAGGGUUGCAGCGGCAAGCCAGCGGUGUGACUCCGUUCUCGAUAGCUGACAUUUUGAAAUCACGUGCUCCCGCCCACGUGACACUACAAGAGAGUGCCAUCGAUAUGUCCAGGAAGUCCUCGCCUGUCACCAAGAUCUAUCAUUCAGGUAUGGAGCGGAUCCUGAGACCCGACGGCCUGCAGUUGAUGCUACGCGAGCCGCAGGAGUCGGGCCGCAAGAAGCGAUCACGCGCCGCCUUCUCCCACUCACAGGUCUACGAGCUGGAGCGACGCUUCAACCAGCAGCGCUACCUGUCAGGUCCCGAGCGGGCCGACCUGGCCGCCGCCCUCAAACUCACCGAGACCCAGGUCAAGAUCUGGUUCCAGAACCGUCGCUACAAGACCAAACGGAAACAGAUGCAGCUGAUCCAGGGCCCGGAACCGUCGCGAACCGACCCCAAGCGGGUAGCCGUCAAAGUUUUGGUCCGGGAUGACAACCCGAUACGUUCGGGUUACCCCCCGGUACCUGUACCCUUCCCCGCCUACUAUUAUUACCAUCCCCUGCUAUACUCGGCAGGCGCCCCUGUUCCUACAGUUUCAUCGAGCACAGACCAUGAUGUGGAUUAUGAUAGUGAGUCACCAGUUAAUGUUGUCGAUGAUAAUCCAUCCUCAACGACGGCUAGCACUGAUUAGAUUAGCAUUCAUAGUUCCACGUUAGUUUAUUUAUUCAUUUAUUUGAUAUCCAACAGUUAAAUUUUUAUUCAACUCAAGUAUGUACAAUAAUGUGAAAGAAUACAAAAUAACAAGACAAAAAAAAGUUAGUUGAAGAAAGGUUGUUUUGGAUUAGGAACGUGUAAAUAAUAAUGUGAUGAUUGUAAAAAAAACUUGUGUCACUAUUUAUUUGUUCCAUUGUUGAACUCUAAAUAAGAACUGAUCAUUCACUUCUGUAGUUUCAAAUCUUUUACUGUAAUUGAUAAUGAAGUGAUAGUUUUGGUUAGAGAUGUGAGAUGUGAGAUUCCAUGUGGAUAACAUACGAUUAUUAUUUCAUGUGGAUAAGAUUGGAUUAUUAUUCUAAUGUUUAUCAGAUUGAAUGAAUUUGGUUACCUAUGUUUCUAUCAUUGCUGAGAAUUGACCAGUUCUCAUUUAUUGCCCAGUUCCACAUUAUUUAUUGAUACGGUAGCUUUAAAAAGGUUUUUUUUAAUAUAUGUUCGUAUAUUUGUACGUAUAUUUCUAUAAAACAUUCGAAAUAUACGAAAUGAAAUUGUACUAUCUGCGUCUUUAUUGUAGCUGAGUGCAUUAGCUUAUUCUAAGAAACGAAACAUAAAGAAACUAUUCUCAUGGAAAAAUUAUCAUUUGAAAAUAAAUUUGAGUUCCAUUGGAAUGCACACUCAAUAUUUUUUCUAUUACUCUGAAUUGCAUCCUUGGAGUAUUCCUACAAAGCUCACAUCUUUACAGACACAUCUGAAUCUUUACCACAUUGGAACUUUAUCAAUGUAGCACUGUAGAUUACACUUAUGUGUGAUGAAUGAUGUAACAUGUAACAUUAAUGUUUCCACUUGACUUUUGGUAUACUCUCAUGAACAUACAAAACUACAGUCACUGUAAAAAAGUAAAAUUAAGCGAAAAUAUAUAUAUUUAUGAGUGUUAUUUAUUGUUUGUGUAAUGGCUGUAUAUGAAUCCUUUUGCACUGCCUGUAUAAUUUAUAAUUCUUACACUUAUUAGAUUGUGAUAUAGAAGAAGAUAAUAUUAAAAAUAUAUAAAUGUAUGAAU